GUGACGUAUCUAUACUGGCAAGAAACAUCUGUGUUGGUUGGAAGAACGCAGCUUGGCCGCAAGUCACCGAUAUCAACAAAUUAUUGCGUGGUUGUUACCGCAGUUGCUUGGACCACCAAUAAACAGUGUGGUUGAUAAAUUUGCAAGCCGCGGAACAUACAACUACACAACCGGGAAAUUGCUUCUUCGAGGGAAGUGAUCCGCAUACCUCUUCAAAGUUUUGCUGGAUACAUUUCUCUACUCGGACGCCAGCAGUAUGCGCGCAAUACGUCUUCUAGGAUUCACCAUAGCUUUAUUUCUUUUACUUGAGGUCGACCAUGUCUUCAGUAAAGAACUCGGUCUUAAAUCACGGAGCAAGAUAAAAGAAAAGAAACUACAUCCCCCCAAAAGAGUUGACAAGGUUUACUACGUUAGCAACAGACAUAGGAGGGAUUCUGGCAGCAGUGAUGAAGGAGAUGAUGAGGAUGAAGAGGAGACUGGAGAAGGAGACUACCGUGCACAGUAUGGGAAACCCAAUGCACCAAACACCCAUAAAAACACAGGAGGUGCACCUCAAGCUGAGACUGAAUACAGCAUAAGGCUCGUUAAUGGUAGGAAUGAGUACGAAGGAAGAGUGGAAGUCAAGAAAGAUGCCAGUAGCAGAUGGGGGUUGGUGUGCGACGACUACUGGGGGAUGGAGGAGGCAACGGUCGUCUGCAGACAACUCGGAUAUGGUGACCCAGUUGAGGCGGUGUCCAACGCACUCAACCGUUUCAGCGGCAGCAUCGGGAAGAAACAAUACGUGAUGGACGACAUCCAGUGUCGGGGGACGGAGGACGCACUGCAGCUGUGUCAGUUUGCGGGCUGGGGGGUGACCAACUGUAUCUCCGAUAUUGAGGUUGCUGGCAUUGUCUGCUCGCCACCGAACAUGGAUCCUGAUGCUAAUCCAGUAGGCAAGGCUGCUGAGACCCUCGUGGUGUUUGACGUCGAUGCCUCGGAUUUGCCAGACUGGCUUCGGUCUGUCGUACGAACUGUUAGUCGUCAAGCUCAAUCUCCAGAAUGCUACAAUCUUCUUGGCGGAGAGGAUUAUCGGGGGACUGUCUCUCAGACAAGAGGUGGCAUUCCGUGUCAAUCCUGGGGUAGCCAGUCCCCCCACAGCCACACCGUCGUCCCCCAGGACUAUGCCCACCGGGGGAUCGGGCAGCACAGCUACUGCCGCAACCCUGAUGAUGACGACCAACCCUGGUGCUACACCAGGGAGGGCGGGACGCGAUGGGACUACUGUGACGUCGGACGGGUGUCGCAACAGAAAUGCAGAAAUCCUGAGUCCCCGGAGUGUUUUACCGACUCGCGGGGCGCUGACUACCGCGGUUUCGUAUCCACGACCGUCUCCGGCAAGACCUGUCAGAAAUGGACUGUCCAGACCCCCCACACGCACCGCCACACCCCGGACCGCUUCCCCGACGAUGGACUAGGGGACCACAACUACUGCCGCACCGUGUCAGAGGUCAACGCGGAGAGACCGUGGUGUUAUACAGUGUCUGCAGCAAGGAGAGAAUACUGCGAUGUGGGGCUGCCACAAGUAAGCUGUAAUAGACAAGCCGUCGCUGAGCAGAGGACCAACCCCAUGGAGCAUUUUGCGCUCUUCCAGAACGCCGCCAUCCCCGGAGCCAACAUGGAGGAGCAUCACGGAGUCACUGCCGAGCAGUGCGCGGAGCUCUGUCUCGCAACAACCAGCUUCUCGUGCCGAUCGUUUGAUCAUUACAGAGACGACAAUCGCUGUUGGUUGUCGGACAAGUCUUCGCAUUCCUCAGAUCUCAAAUUUGAUUUCAACAACAACCCUUUUGACUACUACGAGAGGAUUGACAUUGGCACACUUUCGCAAUUUGAGAUCAUCCCCAAUGCAGCCAUCGCCGGGCACAAUGAGGAGGAGCAUCAGGGCGUAUCCAUGCAGCGUUGCGCUCAAUUGUGCGUCCUCGCGACGUUUGGCUGUGCAUCCUUCGACUACGCGCGGCGAACGUCUCAGUGCUGGCUGAGCCGAGCCACCACGGAAACGGCCAAUCUCAGGACUGAUAUCGAGGCUCAACCGUUUGACUACUUCCAGCGAAACGGAGGAGCCAUGCCCGACUGUUACCGCGGCAAUGGUCACAGUUACCGAGGUUCAUACAGUGCAACCGAGACCGGCAAAGACUGCGUCCCUUGGACCUUUGCAGCAGCGCGAGGGGCUGGAGUCAACAACGCUCAGUACCCCAACACAGGUGUCGGUAAUCACAACCACUGCCGUAAUCCUGACAAUGACCAGCAGCCGUGGUGUUACUUCGCUGAUGCCAGCGGUCAGUUGGAAGGUUGGACGUAUUGCGGUCUGCCUGCUUGCCAACUCACUGGCCCCGCUGAGUCAGAGACACCCACCACAACACAGGCUCCGGGAGGACUACGGCUCUUGUCUCAGGGUAAAGAGACAGUCCAGAGCUCCACCCUGACGUUGACCGGCGUGGCUAGGGAAGCAAGUCUGGCCGUCGACGGGAACGCUUCUCCACAUUUUGAUGACAACAGCUGCACACUGACAGAUUCAGAGAGACAUCCAUGGUGGUAUGUUGACCUGGGCAGAGAGUAUGAAAUUGACCACAUUGUCAUCGUGAAUCGUUAUGACAACGGUAAUCGGUUGAAGCGCGCCACUGUCAGAGUCGGCGACGCCAUCCUGAACGUGGACUCGUUUUUGGAAUGCGGCCAAGUGACGGGCGCCAUGAUCAAAAACGCGGCGAAGAGAGAACACCGACAGAUAACCAUCCAGUGCUCAGCUGAGACGGUCGGUCGAUACGUCUACAUCGAGCAGACGCGCAACCAGGCCUUACACUUGACCUUGUGCGAGGUCGAAGUUUACGGUCAAGACGUCACAGCAACGGGCCCACCACCGUCAAUCUCCUGCAGUUCAGAACAGUUUGCGUGUGUCACUGGAGGAAUACACUGUAUCCCAAAUAGCUGGGUUUGCGAUCAAGAUCCCGACUGUGAAGACGGAACCGACGAGCAGGGAUGCAAUGAUCCCUUAGCUGACUUCAACCCUCUGGCAGACUCAGCUAUUCCGUCUUCCAUCAACCCCGACGUCACCUAUAUGGAUAAAACCCUUGCCGAGUGCGCACAGUUCUGCGUCACCAACAUGGAUAUCGUCUGUCGGUCCUUCGAAUACGAGGCCGCCACGCGAGACUGCUCGCUGUUUGACGAGAACCGAGCGCAGACGGGUGGACUUGAGGCCCGGCCGGGGGUGACGCACUAUGAGAGGCUGUCUCAGACAACUGACUGUAGCAAUGUGGAUGGAGAGCUGUACCAUCCGUGCCCUAGUGGCCGCUGUGUACCAACACGCUGGCUGUGUGAUGGCGACAACGAUUGUGGGGAUUUCUCUGACGAACGACAAUGCAGCGUAGAAGGACCAACACAAGAACCCAGCUCAGAGUUUGCCAUUCGCAUCGUCAAUGACCAGCUGGGUCAGACUUCAACCAAUGAGUACCAGGGGCGUGUGGAGGUCCAGUACAUGGGCGUCUGGGGUACCGUCUGCGAUGAUAACUGGGACAUCCAAGACGCGACCGUGGUCUGUAAACAGCUGGGAUUCACACGUGGUGCAGUCAGCGCAGUGAUUGUCGGCGAAUUCGGCCAGGGUAACGGCAACAUCAUCAUGGAUGACGUGGAGUGCGCCGGAACAGAAAUGUCCCUCGCCGAUUGUCCGUUUUCAGGCUGGGGAGUUCAUAAUUGUGUGGCCAGAGAAGCCGCUGGUGUUAUCUGUAUUCCCAAUGAAGGUUGCUUGGAUUCUCAGUUUGAAUGUGGGAAUGGCGACUGUAUUCCGCUCAACUGGAAAUGUGACGGAACCGACGACUGUGGUGAUAACAGCGAUGAGCAGCAAUGCCAAAGUGCGGAUCUUCCAGUUCGUCUUGUGGGUGGACCUGACGCAAACUCUGGCCGCAUUGAGGUCAUGUUUGCCGGUCAGUGGGGGACCGUCUGCGAUGACCGCUUUGAUGACAACGCCGCUCAGGUCGUGUGCCGGCAGCUCGGAAUAACUGGCAACUCUCGCGUCUUUGAGAAGGCCCAUUUCGGUCAGGGUCAGGGUCAGAUCUGGCUGGACGAGGUACAGUGUCAAGGUGGUGAGAAUCACCUUGGUGAGUGCGGUCAUUCCAGAUUCGGCUCCAACGACUGCUCCCAUGGUGAGGACGUUGGCGUGGAGUGUGGCAUCGUUCCUGUGCCUGAGGUUACAAUGGCUCCAGGAAGUUGCGGUGUUAAGCAAGUCGACAACGGCAUCAACGCUCGCAUCAUCGGUGGCACGGCAGCUAAGAAGGGUAGCUGGCCGUGGCAAGCCCAGCUCCUACUCAGACAGAGCGGCCAUUACUGUGGGGCCACGCUCAUUGACGAGUUCCAUGUUCUGACUGCCGCUCACUGCUUCCAGAGAUAUGGAAAAGACCGUUUCAAGGUCCGUCUGGGAGAACACGACCAGUAUCGCUCCGAGAAUUCAGAGCAGGACUUUGACAUUGAGUGUCUCCACCUCCACGAGGACUACAGCAGCUCCACGACCAAUAACGACAUCGCCCUGAUCAAACUCAAGCCCAAGAACGGCCGGGGAGCCCAGAUGAAUACCCACGUCUCGCCGGCCUGCUUGACGGGCCGGGACGAUCUCCCCGAUAAUCACCAGUGCUGGAUCUCCGGCUGGGGAAAUACAGGGAAUGACUAUCCCCGCCUCCUACAAGAAGCCCGGGUACCCCUCCUCCCCCGAUCCACCUGCACCGGCCGACGCGUCUACGGAUCCAAGCUGACCAGCCGCAUGCUGUGCGCCGGCUACCUGGGCGGUGGCAUCGAUUCCUGCGACGGAGACAGCGGGGGACCAUUGGUCUGCGAGUACCAGGGAACGUGGCAGAUCAUCGGCGUGACCUCGUGGGGGUCCGGCUGCGCCCAGCCCAAUGCCCCCGGGGUCUACUCUAGGGUCAACCAGUUCCUGGACUGGAUCAAUACCAAGAGACAGACUGCUCAGUGUUAAUGAGAUAUUUACUGGAAAUUCAGUACGAUAACCCGAUGUUAGUUAUGGAUAAACGGCGAAAUUAGACGGUACUUCCAGUGGUUUCAUAAUGGUACUCUAGUUAAAGGCAUGGUUAAACUAGAAAUUAUAAUAAAAUCAUCAUGUUUAUCUUGUACUAGGCAUAAACUUGUUCCCAUUCGAUACUGUCUUAAGUGAACACAUCUGGUCCACUUUAUGCACCAGAGUUUUAUUAUUGUGUGCUGUUCAAUGUCGUUGUAAAAAAAAGAUAUUUAUAUUUGCAGAAAUUUGUACCGUAUCAUAAA